CUGUGUUAGAAUGGGAUACAGGCUCCAGCCACUCUUCUCUCUUCCACCCCGUCACCCCAUCCUCCCCUCCCUCCGUCUGCACACCCUGCCCGAUGGUCUGGUUCACAUUUAAAACCACAUGUUGCUGCGUGUGUGUGCAUGAGGAGCGAAUGAGGAGCUUUGCGCAGCAAGAGCAGCUCGAGUGGGACGGGACAGGACGGAUAUGCCAGCCUUGCCUGUCUGCCAUCAGCGUGCACGUGGCUGCAGACUGGAAGAUCUGAGCUCCAUACUGGAUCGUUCUGCCUCCUGCACACACACACAAAAGUUUGCUCGUUGUGCAACAUCCGGAAGAUGGCCAGGGGUGCCAUCUUUGAGCACCCAUGCCAAAUCCAGGCUGCAUUCUUGUUGAAUCACUGAAGCAAAAGAGGAAAGGAAGGGAUUUCUCCUCCGACAGGAGGAAGAUUCAAAGCACUCCCAGAUGUGUGUGGCUUGUUUUUUGACUUGAGAGGAAACUCCAUUUGGCUCGUGAGCAGUCUGCCCUUUCUGUGACAACUCUCCUCUUCUGAACAGUGGAACCAUCUGACUGUGUGUGUGUGUAUGUAAAACCGAGGCAGAGUGACCUUGAGUGUGUGUGUGUGGUCUUGGAAAACUCCUUAAAGAACAUUCCGCGUUCCCUCUGUAUGUGUACGAGGACUGGCUCUUCGUAGUAAGCUAUCUGUAGAUUGGACCCCAGAGACGUACAACAUGCGGACUCUGCUUUUCAUUUGGCGUCACGUGCUGCUGCUUGCACAUGUCAGACUACUGCUGCUAGCGACGGAUGUCCUGGCUUCAAUCAGAGACAUAAACCAGGAGAAGUGGGAGAAGGACAUCAGGUCAGCAGCAAGCCUGGAUGAGCUACUCAUGUUGACUGACUUCCCAGACUGGAAGCUGUGGAGAUGUCGUCUAAAGCUGAAGCGCGUUGACUCGGCCUCCUUCCCAGAAUUCCGUUCAGCCUCAGUGGGAUCACACAGAUUCACACGCUUUGCUGCCAACUCUUACAGCCUGGAGGUACUCAAAGCCAUUGAUGAAGAGUGGCAGAAAACGCAGUGCAUGCCCCGGGAGACGUGUGUGGAUGUGGCUCAGGAGCUCGGCACUAGCAAUGACAUGUUCUUCAAGCCGCCAUGCGUCUCCGUGUUCAGAUGUAGUGGCUGCUGCAACAAAGAAGGAGUCACAUGCCGCAACACUAGCACCACCUAUGUUGAUAAAAUACUUUUGAGUGUGGUUCCGUUUAAAUAUGGGCCUGAGCCGAUGCUGAUCCGAGUAGCUAACCACACGGAGUGUAAAUGCCAGGAACCGCAGAUGAUUCGCAGACAUGCUCUGCCCCACAGGAAGAACGGGUGUUUUCCCAUCCGCCAGUCAGAAGACUCCAGACGACUGUGUGACCGAGGGCUCAUAUGGGACUGUAUGGAGGAUCGGUGUGUACCGUAUCCCUCCAGCAAACAAGCAGAAUUUCCUUCCAAAACCAAGGCAGAGGACUGUGAGAUUGACGUUGAAAAAUGUGAAUGUAUUCCCAAAGAGGUGACAUCCACCCGGAAAUACCCAUCAUGCCCCUGCUCAACUAGAAGGAGGCAAUUCAACCAUACGUCAUGCAGCUGCAAGAGAAAGUGAAAGCAUUCACACAACGCAGGCACGAAACCUCGGACAACCCGCUUCUGCUGGAGCUGUGGUCAAAGAUGCAUCCUAAUUUAUUUACGUCCUUAUUUAUAACACAGCUUUAUACACACACGAGUUGAACAUUUAGCCCUACUUUUCACACGACUGUGUUAAAUCAGAGCAUUUCCAGUUACAAUAUGUAAAUAAUAUACUGGUUUCCUGUACAAUGAAUACAGUAAAAUAGAAAAAUGUUUGUUUUUUUAAUGAGUUCAUUCCAUGCAUGAGAAGCAUACUCUGGACUUAUUGUGGAAUAUGACAUUUAAUUAAUAAUUGUGUACAGUCAACUGGAUUCAAACUAUUGACCCUUUUAAUACUGUAACCAGUCAGCAUUUUCAUAUCCAGCGGCACAAAACGUGAUGCUUAUUUCGUAUAUUUUAUGAAUUUAUGUAUUGAAUGCGAUUCAGAAAAUCAGUGUAAUCAAAGACUUACGCCUUAAAGGAAUACUCUAUUCAUUUUUCUCUCAUGAUGAUAAUAAUGAUGGGACAUAAAAACCAUAGAAUACAACUGACAAUGUACAGCCCUAGCCCAAUGAAAUGAAAAUAUUUUUAUUGAUCUGUUUGAUGUGUUGAUGUAUUUAUGACUGAAGGAUUCGGGAGUUACGGACCGGCAUUUGUCGGUGACAGAUGUGUAGAGGUUUUAUGUUUACUGAUGAUGUUUCUUGGCGGAUUUUCUGAAUAAUAAAGAUCUUCUUGUACAUAUCUGCUUACCAUAU